GACCGCGGGAGGGCCCCUUCGCCGCCCCUGCCCCGGGGGUCCUCCCAGUCUUCCUCCCACACUUCCACAACACCAGUGCCUAGUCAAGCACCCCCCUCCUCCAGUGUACCUGAGUCACAUGUGCCAUCCCAGCCCAUGCCCCCGCCGCCCUCCCUGGGCCAGGAGGCGGGGCGGUCGCGCUCCGACGCCCCGCCCGCCUCCCACCUCCACCACCCGCCGCUGUCCUCGGUCCGGGGCGCCGCGGAGAGUCUGCGUUCUCCUCCCGGGGGGCCCGCGGACACCCAUGGGGCGGGGACGUCGCCCCGCACUGUGGACCCGUCCAUCCUGCCGGUGCAGAUGAUCAAGGUGGAAGUGGACGAGGCGGGGGAGUCGGGCGGGGCGGGGAAGGAAGGGCACGAUGGGGGGAGGGAAGAGGGCAGCGAGCUGGACGACAACGAGGAGGAGGGCAGCAAUGACUUCUCCGAGUACCAGGGCCACCCCAGCGAGAUAGAGAAGGAGGAGCACGACCAGGUGGAGUCCUACACCACGGACCAGCUGCCGGGACCCUCGGGGCUGCAGGGGGCUCCCCCGGUGCUGUCGUGGGGUGAGGAGGGGGAGGCAGGCUUCCCCCACAACCUCUUCGGCAGCGAUGACGCGGCAGCAGCGCAACAAGCGCUGCAGCUUCUCCAGCAGACGGACCCGCUGCUGGCGCCGCCGCCCGUCGGCCCCGUGGUGCAGCAGGGCGAGGGCCGCGCCAGGCCGUGCCCCUUCUGCGGCAAGUCUUUCCGGCGCAGUGACCACCUGCGCAGCCACAUCAGGACCCACACGGGGGAGAAGCCCUUCGCAUGCCCCGUCUGUCCGUACCGCGCUGCGCAGAAGAUCACCAUGGACAGGCACGUGCGCCGCCACCACAUACAGCAACAGCAGCAGGAGCAGCUCCUGCAGGAGCAGCAGCAACAGCAGCAGCAGCAGCAGCAGCAGCAGCUGCAGGAACAACAACAAUAUGGUGGUGACUGGCGCGGCCACGCUGACCCCGCGGGGCGCGACGGAGGCGGCAGUGCGCUCGGUCUGUUGCAGCGCGGCGGCGGCGGCGGCGGCGGCGGCGGCGGCGGCGGCGGCGGCGGCGGCGGCGGCGGCGGCGGCGGCGGUGGCGGCAGUGGCAGCGGUGGCAGCGGCGGCAGCGGCGGCCUCCUCAGUGAGGGGGGCGGCGGCCUGGCGCUCUCCACCUUCUCCCUGGCGCGAGUCCUGCAGAACGCCGCGGAGGCCGAGGACGUGAGCCUGCUGACCACGCCCCUGCAGCCGCCUGGCAUGGGCGCGGACGGGCUCACGUGUCCUUUCUGCGGGCGGCGGAGCAAGCGGCGGGACCACCUGCGUCUGCACAUCCGCACACACACUGGGGAGAAGCCCUACCGCUGCCCCUACUGCGACAGACGCACCAACCAGAAGAACAACCUCAAGCUGCACAUCAGGAACGUGCACCCCGGCCAGCCCUUCCACGUGUGAGCCCGACACCCUCGCCCCUCCGCCCCACCCCACGCCGCGCGCCUCAGGGGUCACCUCUCGGGAUGACCUCUCUCGGGAACGUUGCUUCACCUCCGUAGUGUCCUCGGCAGUCUGUGAUCUCAUGCGGGUUUCUGUCGGACAAAGCCGCUGACUCAUCAGUCUGCCGGGGUGUCUGUCGGGUUACCUGUCUCAGAUGUACACAGCCGCUGAAUCAUCUCUGUCGGGUUCCUGUCGGGCUUCAAGUGUCGUAAAUGUUUCCUGUCCGGACGCGAGGCUGCAGCUGUCCCACGCACCGCGGUCAGCUGUCAGGACAUGUCGGGACCUGUCAUUGCUGCACUGGAGGUCACCUGUCGGGACUAAUAUAUCAGGAUCACCACCUCACACCUCACACCUGAGCACCCCAUUACUGUCAACACUGCACCCCAUCACCACCCCAUCACAUCCCCAUUCUCACCAGUAAGGGGGCGCUCAUCUAGAAGUGACAGACGCCACACCUCCAUUAAUAUCCACACCCCCAUGACACUCCCUCACCCAUGACACCCCCACCCCAUCACCCCCAUACGCUCCCAGUCAUCACCCCAUUGCUCCCAUAAAUAGAUGAUGUAUAUAUUUGUUUUGUGUGUGUGUGUGUGUGUGUGUGUGUGUGUGUGUGUGUGUGUGUGUGUGUGUGUGUGUAUACUUUGGUGUAUAUAAUUGACCUGUUUCACGCAAUUGUAUGUUUAGUGCGCACGUGUUAUUAAGGGUUAUUAUUAUUAUUAUUAUUAUUAUUAUUAUUAUUAUUAUUAUUAUUAUUAUUAUACGAGGCAUCUUUUUCAUAUUAUUAUUAUUAUUAUUAUUAUUAUUAUUAUUAUUAUUAUUAUUAUUAUUAUUAUUAUUAUUUUGUUAUUAUCAUCAGUUAUUCUUUCUCUUGUCAUUUGUUCAUUUUCAUUAGUUAUUUCCAAAUGUUUUUUUAUGUAUUUUAUAUUUGAUUAAUUUCAACUAUAUAUUCUCUUUUGUAAAUUAUUAUUAUUAUUAUUAUUAUUAUUAUUAUUAUUAUUACGCUUUUGUAUCUAUUCCGUUUUCUACGUUUUGUUCUAGUUCACCCUCACAUUAAUUAUCAGAAAACGGGAAGUGAUUCACAAAACUAUUCCUGUUAUGAAAGUGAGACUGAGGCGGAGGAGGAGGAGGAAGAGGAGGAAGAAAAAGAGAAAAAUAAAAUGCAUAUGAGAAGAGUAUUUUUAUCAGACACCAGAGAGAGAGAGAGAGAGAGAGAGAGAGAGAGAGAGAGAGAGAGAGAAUCCUUGAUAAUACAAAUAAAAUCUCCACUUGACAAUCUAUCUAACAAUAACAAAAACAAAAUAAAAGAAACAAAAAAAAUAAAUAAAUAUACACAUACACAAAACUUAUGAAAAAAAACGAAAAAAAAGCAGGAAGGAAGUAAACAAAAUAAAUUAAUAACAACAACCACAAGAAAACAAAUAAUAAAAGACUGAUAUACAAAAAAAGUAGAAAAAAUAAAUAAAUACAUACAUAUAAAACACGAAAAUAAUAAUGAUAAAUAAAUACAUAAAUAACAGGAAGUAAAAUAAAAGAAAAAACAAGAUCGGAUGUUUUGAAAUGCGCCCCGUUGGAAAGGAAGAAACAAGACGGCGGCCCACGUGUUUACCGCGCUGCCUUUGUUAUUGUUGUGUUCCCAUCACGCACUCUGCUCCUCUAAUGGUCUUUCCACGUCCCCAGCAGGAGUGAAAGAUACUCGCACUCGGCACCACCACCACCACCACCACCUCCCCCUGUGGCGCCACCGUCGGGGGGUUCGCACGGGACCGCUUUAUAUGCAACUACUGCGGGAAAGGAUUUGACCGCUCCUCCAACUACAACCGUCACUUACGGGUGCACACUGGAGAGAAGCCCUUCGUCUGCUUCGCCUGCCCCUAUCGCACCGCUGACAGUAGCAAUCUGAAAGCCCAUACAAGGAAGUGGCACAUUCCCGGGGGUUUUCUUGCUGCAGCCACCUCCGUUUCCUUAUCUGCUAGUUUCUCCUCCUCCUCCUCCUCUUCUUCUUCUUCCUCCUCCUCCUCUUCCACCUCCUCUUCCAUAGCGAGUUCUUCCGGAAAACCAUCUGUUUCCGUUUCCUCCUCCUCCUCUUCUUCUUCUUCUUCAGUCUUCCCUCCUCCUCCUCCUCCUCCUCCUGUUCUUCUUCAUCCUUUGUCCCCUUCUUCUGUGUCUCUAUCUCCUCCUCCUCCUCCUCCGCCUCUUCCUCCUCCUCCUCCUCCUCCUUCCUCUUUUAAAAUCACGCAUCCCGUUAGAGUCAAUUCUACUUCUUCCGCUUCUUCUUCGUCCUCCUCUUCCCCUUCUUCUUCCUCCUCCUCGUCUUCGUCUUCUUCCUCUUCAGCGCCUUCUGCAGGAAAAGGAAGAAGAGAGGAAGUGAGAGGAGGAGGAGGAGGAGGAGGAGGAGGAAGAGAGGAAGUGAGGGGAGUGUCCAAGUGAUUCUCUCUCUCUCUCUCUCUCUCUCUCUCUCUCUCUCUCUCUCUCUCUCUCUCUCUCUCUCUCUCUCUCUCUCUGCAGAUUUUCUUUAUUUAUAAGUAUUUAUUUACUUUCUUUGUGAUAAUAAUAGUAAUAAUGAUAAUAAUAGUAAUAAUAAUAGUAAUAAUAACAAUAAUGAUAAUAUUAAUAAUGAAAUAUGGAUGAGUUUAUGAAAAAAAUAAAUAGAUGAAAUAACAGAGAA